AUGCAAUCCAAGCUCCUUGUUGCCUUGUCGGCCGCCGCCGCCACCACGCUCGUCUCGGCCGCCGAGGAGCGUGUUCUGGGCGUCUACAUCUUUCACCGCCAUGGUGACCGCACCGCCAAGGCUUGGGCUCCUGUGAACCUGACUGCUCUCGGAGCCGAAGAGGUUCACUCGUCCGGAUCCUUCUAUCGCAAGCGCUACGUCCAGACCGACGCCUCGGUCCGCAUUGCCGGUGUCAGCAGCAACAACCCCGUCCUGUCUCAGCUCUCCGUUAUUGCACCUCAGGAUGCCGUUCUGUACAACUCGGCCCUGACGUUCCUCCAGGGACUGUACCCCCCUACUGGUCAGAGCGAGACUCUCGCCAACGGAACCAAGGUUGAGGGUCCUCUCGGCGGAUACCAGUAUAUUCCUAUCAACGCCAUCAGCAAUGCUGCUACGGCAAACAAGGCUGAAAACCAGGGUUGGCUCCAGGGUGCCAGCGGCUGUGACAAUGGCGUCAAGAGCUCCAACGCCUACUUCACCUCCGCUGACUACCAGAAGACGUAUGAUGAGUCUUUGGACUUGUACCAGAGCAUUCUGCCAGUUAUCAACACCACUUAUAACAAGGAUGCUGCCAACUUCAAGAACGGCUACACUAUUUGGGAUUACAUCAACGUCGCCAAGAUCCACAACUCCUCUAUUCCUUCUGAAAAUCUCAUCAAUAGCCAAACUUUUGACCGUCUCUUCAACCUUGCCUCCGUCCAUGAGUGGAACCUUGCCUACAAUGCCAGCGAACCCGUGCGUGCGAUUGCUGGUUCCGUCCUGGCCGGUCAAAUCCUGGAUUCUCUACAGGCCAUUGUCGACGGCACCAAGGGGGCCGCCAGGUUCAAUGCCCAGUUCGGCGCCUACGGCACCUUCAUGGCCUUCUUUGGUCUCGCCCAACUCCCCAAAGCUAGCCAGGAUUUCUACGGCAUUGUCGACUACGCCUCCUCCAUGACCUUCGAGCUCUUCACUACCAGCACCGCCGCCAAGCCCAGCACUGACGACAUCAAUGUCCGCUUCCUCUUCGCCAACGGGACUGCCGCCAACAACGAACUCAAGCCUUUCCCUCUCUUCGGCCAGGACAAGACCUCUCUCUCCUGGAGCGACUUCAGGUCUGGCAUGACCAAGUUCGCCAUCGCCGACACCAAGCACUGGUGCACACUCUGCGGCAGCACCAGUAGCACCUGUGCGGCCAACUCCACCUCUGGCAGCGACGACCCUUCCGCCCAGUCCAACGCCUCUUCUGACAACGGCGUCUCCAAGCCCGUCGCCGGCGUCAUUGGCGCUCUCGUCACCCUAAUAGUCAUCCUCGGCAUCCAGGCCGCCGUCAUGCUCUUGGCCGGUCUCCGCCUCGUCAGAAAGUCUACGUUGGCUAGAGCCAACAAUGGCCCCGAGACCGCUGGCAUCAAGGGUCAGUAG